AUGCCGAUCCGCCGGACGUCGCCGGAGAAGGGGAGCCGUAUGCCGUCGGCGAUGAUGACGGGGACGCACCCGAGGGCCUAGCCGGUGUCCCCGUUUGCGAGAUUUAGGGUCGUGCCGAAAAUUACCGGCUACGAUUUUCUGCACGUUAGUAGAAAAUCCUGAGAAGACGCUUCUCCCUUCUCGUUAUUUUCCAAUCGAGAUCGAGGGAGGGGGAAGAGAGAGGUCUGCCUGCCCGAACCCCGUGGGACUGGCGAAGAUGAAUUGCCUUCAGAGUCUUCCCAGGUAAGUUGGAUUCCUUCGUGUGUGCGUUUUUCCGUUUUCCUUCGUCUUUCGUUUUUCCUUCGGACUAUAAUCGCGAAAUUUUGAUGGCGGUGUCAGCUCAUGUGCCCUGCGUGUAUGCGACUUCAGAGUCCGUUCGGAAAAGCCUCCAAACUUUAAUCUGGUACCGGAACUCAAAAUUCAUUUACCUCGUUACUCAUGGUGACCAUUAUCCGGCUGUUUACCUGGCUUGUUGCCUUCCAAUUCCGUGCAGGUAUCUGUGAGAGACAAUCUCCACCGUAACGUCGCCAUUAGUGUAAGCUUGGUCUAUUUCUCUCUCUCUAUUUAACGUGUCUAUUGAUAUCUUUUUAGCAGAGAAUUUUUACGCCUGGAUUUCCCUAAAAGUUUAUAAAAUGAGGAUAAAUAUAGCAUAACUAUUUAUAACAGCUCCUCCUACAAGUGCUUCACGUUGCCGACAUCCCCACGUUCUGAAGAAAAAAUUAUGGUAGAACAUUAUCUUGAAUAAGGUUCGGUUGGAACUGUUUAGAUGUUUGCAAAACGAAGGCAACUCUUUCUCACAUACUGACUGUAGACUGGCAUUACUAGCUUAAAUGAGUCAUUGAUCGAGAAAUUCCUAAAUAUUGAUCAGUUGACAUGGGUGAUGCUGAGUUCCAUGGGCAAAUGUUUUCAAAUGGGCUCUACUUUUUUAAUUCUUAUCUUUUAUGUUCUAUCAGUUUUUUUUAGAAAGCACAGAAAGUAGAUGAUAUGGAUGUCAUAAAAACAUUCAUGGAUGAAUAAUUUCUACAGGAAGAUGGCGGAGGAAAAAAGAUUUUUAUGCUAUAGUUUUUUUUCUAUCAUGUUGAACUAUUUGUUUGCAGAUUUAUGCCUUUAUAUGAACCAUAUAUUUAUCUAAAUUAAUGUCUUUUUUACACAUUCUAUGACUUUAAUGACUAGUAAAUGUAAACUAUAUAAUAUGUGAUAGAUCCGAGAAAAAAAUUGUUGACUAGAUCAGACAAUAGUUAAAGUGGAAUUGCUAAGCGGAAUGUGUAAGAAAAUAACAAGAUAAUGCAUAGAAAGAUACUCAAUUAGCGAAUAGAUAAGAAUAAACAUAUUCUGGAAUAAUGUUCGUGAAAACCUUUUAUGUUAUUUUGAAUAUAUAUAGAUAAGAUCCACAAGAAAUACUCAGAUAUUUCCGUCAAUUUUCUGACGAUCCUAAAAAAUUAAAAAAGGACAUAGGGAGCUCCAAUAGAAGCAAUGAAUAUUGAGAAAUUUUUUUGCCUUAACUUCGUUAAUGGGGAUUUGGUGAAUAUUGCUGGCUGGAGUCCAUUCCUCGAAGAAAGCUUUCUUUUUAUGUUUUUCUAAAAUCAAAAACUGCUGGUAAAUGCAAAUUAUUUCGUUACUACCUUCUUUGUGGGCCUGGUGAGUCUGACUCUCUGUAAUGAACUCCAUUGUAAACUAGAGCGAUUUCAAAAACGUGAUCCAGAUAAUGUUUUACAGGCAUCCUCCGGCUUCGCUUCAAGCGCAGAGAAAAGUAGUUCUGAAGAAGAGGCUGACAAGUCCGAGAUGUACAGUCACGAUAUGACACAAGCAAUGGGUGCUGGUGAGUAUACUGUCUUUUCUUUCCCUCUGGAGUCUAAUAUUUCUGUAUUGUUUAAUCUGCCAUGAAGUCAGACUGUAGACAUCGGAUACUUCUGGAACUCAGUUUCCCUGACCUUCGCUAUCAAAAUGGACAGUACUGACGUAUAGGCACGAGUUAGGAAUGAACUACAAUUUUAUUCGUCCAGAUUUGAUUGUUGGAUCUUGCCUUCAGGUAGUUACUUUAACCUUUUUUUUCUAUUACGUGUGUUCUGCAUUCUAAAAUUUCUGACCGCAGACACCUGAAGAUGUUGACAAGCUCCGCAAAGUUGGGGUUAAGACCAUUUUUUGCUUGCAGCAAAAUCCGGACCUCGAGUAUCCUUUGUUUGGUAGUUUCUACAAGUUAGCAAAUUAAAUCAUUGUUUUAUUGCUUGCUAUAAAAAUUUACAACUGUGAUACUUGGAACAAAUCCUAGAGACAAAAGGAAGGGCUGACGUUAUUUUAUCGAGAAGAUCAUCAAAUGUCACUGUAAUCCUAUUAAUAUCUGUAGAUACUUUGGGGUCGAUAUUAUUGCCAUACAAGAGUGUGCAAAGCAGUGUGAAGAUAUUGAACACUAUCGUGCUGAAAUAAGGUAAGCAGAAUUCUGUACUUAAAAUGACUGAUGGGAAACACUUAAGUGCUUAUUAUCCUAACUGAGGUGCACUUUUGUUGACGCAGUUUCGAUUUUGAUACCCCUGGAAUGUUCACGUUGAUGUUUUUUAGCAUUGAAGCUAAAUUGUAGUCGACUCUCGUUGAUAACUGUUUAUUUCUUGAAAAUAACGGAUUGCACGAUCGUAUGUAACGAAUGAAGUGUAAUUCUUAUGAUUACUUGAACAUAAUACUAUUGGAUUGUGCGGUCAUUUUAGUCCAUGUGAAUUUUUUUUCAUGUAUGGGCUAGCCUUAGUUUCUUAUCAUGUAUCUUAGAAGGAUGAUUAUUAUUUAUGCGUUCUAUUGAAAAAUGAUCUGCGAUGUCUAGUGGAUGUUUUAGAUGCACGAUCCUGUGAAAUCAUGCUGUACGCUUUAAAAUCAUUCUUUUUAUAUAAAAUUAAUAUGAAUUGAUAACCAAAUACUAGUAUUCAAUCUAGGGGUUAAAGAAAAAACUAGGGUAUGGCUUUAUUUAGUUACUUGGAGAAUAUUCCAUUUUAUAUCAGACUUAUUGGCUUUAUAUGCAUUCUAUCAGAAAUAUUUGAAGUUGUCAUGAAAAAGAUAAAUACAUCACUUUUGUGAAUUCUGACCGGGAAAUGGUUUUUCACUACUACUAGCGUGUGGUUGCUGACAUAUUAUUUUUCACUGAUAUGUGUGAUGUGAAAUACAUGACAUAUGAAGAAAAUGUACUGGUCUGACGGAUUAUUUUCUUCCAAGAUACUACAUCUUAUUUUGCGUUUAUUUCUUUGAUAUUCUGAUUUGGAUUCAAGCAGGGACUUUGAUGCUUUUGAUCUGAGGAUGAGGCUUCCAGCUGUUGUGAGUAAAUUGGUGGAGGCUGCAAAUCGCAACGGUGGCGUCACCUACAUUCAUUGCACUGCUGGGCUUGGAAGAGCUCCUGCUGUUGCGGUAACACAUUUACUUCAUAAAAUGUCUAAUCUCCGAUCAAACAGUUGGUUACGUCUGUCUCCCUGGUGUAUGAAGUAAUGUAUUAGGAUUUCAUGCUUAUCGUAGAUCUUCUAUAGGAAAACUCGGAGGGAAUAUUAGAAUGCAUUAAGUGAUAAAUUAUUCUAAUUUCUCAUACGACGACCAAAAAAUGCAUUAACUAGCAAAGAUAGUUUUCCGAAAAAAAAUAUAUAUAUAUUUUCCUCAUCAGCUCCCGUGAAUGUUUGGCUGUCAUGCAGAUAGGUCAAGAUAUUAACAAAAACAGUUGCUGUUGUAUGCAUAUGGUUACCUUUGAGUUCGCACCACCUCCUUUGAUUCUAAACGUCGAAUUCAUGGAAAAUAUUAAAAACGCGACCUGCUUUUUUCUGUUGCAUUUGUUCUUCUAAAUUUAUUCUUUUUUAAAUUUCCUCGUAGUUUAAUUGUCUAUUGUUUUAUGAAAUUGUAGUUGGCGUACAUGUUUUGGGUCCUUGGAUAUAAGCUCAGUGAUGCGCACGACUUACUUCUGGUAACACGCAGUGCCCUUGUCCAAUCUAAUCUUCUUCUCUUUCUAUCCGUUAGAGUUGACUUUGGAUUAGGAAAGAACGACCGGAAUGAAUUAGGAAAUGUUAAAUGCGUGGGUUCGUGGUCGAUCUGCUAUGUAGGAUGAUGUCUUUACAAAGUCAAUGUCUUACAGUGAAUCGGUGCAUCAUACGUUGUCGUCUACUCUUGUUUCAGAGUCAACGGUCUUGCUUUCCGAAGCUUGAAGCCAUAAAGAAUGCGACUGCUGAUAUGGUGAGCUCCAGUGUCCAUCAUUCCUUUUAUGCCUUUAUCAGUUCGGACUCCGUUGUCGAGAAUCCUCCAGUUUCCCAACCAAUUUUCCCAACGAGCGUUGGGUCGUUCGCGGGUAUAGGCCAUUUUAGAGCUACUACGGUUGAGCCGGGUGUGAUGUCUUCAGUGUAGCACUCUUUGUUCGGAUUUUCUUCAUAUUUUGUCAACCCAAGUUCGUCCAGUUUUCUCACCUCAUCUUCCUGACAGUUGGGUGGUGUGUCCUCAAACGUCAUUACGUUGACGUGGAAGGACGACGAGUGCUCGUCAGUGGAAGUCUCUGGACUCGACAUCGGAUGGGGACAGGUGACGACACUUCUCCUCUGGGCGACAUUCUUUAUAAUAUCGUUAUAAAAAUAGGAAACAUUUUUCGUAGCUGCUCAGGGGCUCAGCUGAAAUUCUCAUCACUCUUCUUUUUCUUUUUUUUUCUUGUAAUCAAAUUAAUCUGGACGUUGCAGGCCCCACCCACCCAAUUCUUGUCUAUCUGUUUAGAUCUCUCGCAGAUGCUUCAACUGUCCACUGACUUUCUCUGUCCAUGCUUUUUCCUCCCCUUCCGUAGAGAAUUCCCUUGGAUUUCGAUGAGGAGCAGGGAGUCUGGACCCUGCAGAGAAAACUGCCUGUGAGUAUCCCACAGAGAACCACUGGUCCGACCGUCUCGUUCAUUCGAGAUUUAUCACGGAGCAUUUUUGCUCCUCAUGCCAUCUGAUUUCUCUCCUUCGUCGCCCUCGCAGGCCGGAAGAUACGAGUACAAGUACAUAGUCGACGGCGAGUGGACGUGCAACGAGGAGGAGCUGGUGACCUCCCCCAACGACGACGGACACGUCAACAACUACGUCCAGGUAGUUAUUGAGCGCCGCCACUGCAGCAGCUCCUUCUGAGCUUUGUAAUCCCAAGGAAACCGAACCAACCGCACGUGUCUUCGCACAGGUCUUUGCCGACGAUGUCCGCGAAGAAGAGAUCGAGGUGAGGGAGCGUCUGACCGGCCCGGACGCCGACGUGGAUCUCACCGAGGGGGAGCGCCGUAAGAUCCUCCAGUUCCUUGAACUCUGCGCGGAGCAAGCCGAUGGAGAUCUGGCCGUUUGA